AUGACGUCUGCCUUGGAGAGCCUUCCAGUUGAGAUUCAAUGGAAAAUCUUUGGCCUCCUCGACCCAAUUGGCCUCAUUGCCGCCAGCCAGACCAGCAAAACCUUGCGCGAACAGAUCCGCCCCCAGCGCUGCCACUUUCAAGAGCGCCUACUGGCCGUGGAAUGUCUGCUCGAGUACCACGCGGGAUGCACAUUCUCUACGGCCAAAAACACACCCUCGCCGUGGUGGACUAGUCCCGAAUGGGAUCAAGCUCGCUUUGCGUGCGGCGCGUGUCUCAAGCUUCGACGCCACACCAGCUUCCAGCACAAGUACAUUGCCCAGCUCCGAUUCAAGAAACCGUACCUGGGGUCACCGCCCACCCUCAUGCGCACCAGUUGGACACCAAGCAACCGCGGCAAAUCGUGGGGACGCGCCCAAUGGCAGCGAGACAAGCAAAAUGACGCUCUGGCGCCUCCUUUAUGGAAGAAGCGGCUGCGCUGGGCGACGGGUGUAUGGCUCGCGGCUUAUAACCUUGCCUAUCGUGAAGAUAGGCGCCAAACCCAUUUGGAAUCCGUCUUGACUCUUACCGAGCUAGGAAGCCACGCCAUGCCAGAGCAGGGAAUCGAAGCAUGGCCCGAAAUCACCACGUCGGAUAUCGGCGAGGUGAUGCAGAAAGAGAUCGCCCGUAUUGAAUAUCAAUACGCGGGCUACGACAGGGCUCAACGGCUCUGCAACUCUUGCUAUCUGACCAAGCAUGGAUCGAAGGAUGCCGGCCCGCCCACGAACUUGUUUUCGGAGUUGAAAAGUCGAAAGCUCCCGUAUGCUACAGCAAUCGAGCGAUGGUUCCCAGGACUUAUUGGUCGCGGUGCUUCUGACGGGUCAUCUAUCUUCCCAGACGGGCCUCGCCAUCGUCGAAGAAUCAGCAGAUUGACCAUAGGUACAAGCGCCACAUGGGAUCUGAAACACAAAUUGUGCCAGAUGUGUCAUAUUCCCAAGGAAAUCCGGUCGUUUGCACACAGUAGCGUGGAUGUGAGGAGCUUGAACUCGCCGGCAGGUGGCGAGAUUGUCGACCGCACGCACGUCACCUGCCAUCAAUGCAUUGCAAAAGAAGAGGGCGGCCGUGAACAGUUGAGCGAGCUGCUGAGGGAAAGGGCCCUCAAUAUCUGCGAGAGAGACAUGCUCAAACUGCAGUCGACCCUCUGCGUUGUCUAUAAACCACCUCUCGCGUUAUCGACGGGUGAGUUUCCCCUGAUGGAGGAGGAUGCGCCUGUAGGGCCAUACCAGAUACCAGCCUAUGAUCAAAUCUGGAGUCUUGAUGAGCUCGAAGAGAUGGUGCGACGCUACAGAUACUGUCUUCAUUUGCGCGAAAAGGACUUCUUCACAGACUGGCUUCCGCGAUUUGCUGGAAUAGAGAAACCGGACAUGGAUUGGAUCCUUGAGCUGUGGAAGUGGUUCCGUGACACUGCCAACAUGGCGAGAGAGCACCCACACGUCUUGCUCGACUGGGCACUGUCCAGGCAUGGCGCGGAGCUUGAUGAUGUCGCUUGA